GGCGUGAGCCGUUGCGUGUGUUUGGCGGUUCCUUUUUCCUCUGCUUGUCGCCGGCGCUGGUUUUUUUUUUUUUUUUUCUUUUGCUCGGAGCUGCAGAAUCGAGCAACAUGACGUCUGCCCUGGAGAACUACAUCAACCGAACUGUUGCUGUUAUUACUUCUGAUGGGAGAAUGAUUGUGGGAACACUGAAGGGUUUUGACCAGACUAUUAAUUUGAUUUUGGAUGAAAGCCAUGAACGAGUAUUCAGCUCUUCACAGGGAGUAGAGCAGGUGGUACUUGGGUUGUACAUUGUGAGAGGUGACAAUGUUGCAGUCAUUGGUGAAAUUGAUGAAGAAACAGAUUCUGCACUUGAUUUGGGGAAUAUUCGAGCAGAACCUCUGAACUCUGUAGCACACUGAGAAAAAAACAACAUACUUGGACACCUGUAAAUCUUUGUAUAGAAACUGAUAUCCUGAGGAUUAUGUGUGGAAUUUUUAUGAGUGUAUAAUUGUGGAUUUUGACUUUAUAUUGAUUCACUGUAAUAUGUACAUUAAAAUAUUUCAGCAUAUUAUUGAAAAUACCUUUUUUGUUUUACCUAAAUAAGUUUGGUAGCUUGGUUUUAUUUUUCUAUUAAAUAGUAUGAAAAUCUAAUGAUCAUUUUGCAAAUCUUUAGAAAAAUAUAGUACUUUCUGAUAUUUUAAUAUUUAUAGAAAACUAAUGGAAAAGGGAAACUUGUGUGCCAUAUAAAUCAUAAAAAUAACAUCAGUAGUACAAGAUAUAUAAGUGUGUGUGUGUGUGUGUGUGUGUGUGUAUAUGUGUGUGUAUUUACCUGAUUUUAAGAAAGUCACAGGAAGAUAAAUCCUUUCUGUACUCACCUGAAUCGGACAUUUAUCCCACUGCAUUGGUGGUUUGCUAGUGCUUUUGAAAGUUACUCCAUAGCACUUAGAGGUUAAAAUGUGUUUGGAUGAGAAAAAGAAAAAUGCUAACAAAGUUUUAAUAGAUUGGGCCAAAAAUUGGGACUCGAAUGUUAAGGAUGACUAGGAAAGGUAGAAUUGAUGGAGAGAUUAUUGGUAAAGUCUUUGGAAGCCCAAUAAGUUAGAUAUGAAACACAUCAAUACUGAAUUUUACAGAUAGUAUAUUUGAAAAAAUUGAUUCUGUAUAGUCUUAAAAGCCAUCAUAGCUUUUCAUUUUUAAGAAUUGGGGGAUUUCUAAUAUUAAAAAGUUAUUGUUUAUAGAUGUGAGUAAAUAAACUUUAUAUUGAAGCAGUG